ACUCCCUGUUCAGCCCUUUUCUGGCUCUACCGCCAGCCUGUGUCCCUAAGUGCCAGGCCUGGCAGUCUUUCUUUAUCUGCCCCCAGCCUAGGGAGUUCAUCCAAAGUUCCAUCCCCUAUCCUGGUUGUGCAGACAGUUUAAGGGAAGAGUUCAGUACCACUUCAGUACCACUUCUGGGCAAGAGGCCUCUUGAAAGUCAAGGUCAGGAUAUUCUUUCCUGGGCCACAUAGCAAGGGCCCUUAGGGUGGGCAGAGAGUGGACCUCAAUACAUUUGGAGUGCAGCUGAUGCCUCUUGGGGCCCCUUCAGUCUCUCCUUCUUCCUGGGAGCGGCUCUGGCAUCUGGGUUCCUUCAGGGAACCCUAGCUCAUGGAAGCUCUCUGAGCAGAAAUUCCCAGGACUGGGUUUUUCCAGCCCAGUGAGGAAGGACAGUGUCUAGAGUCUCAAUUUACCCAGAAACCAAAUUCCUUACAGGUUUUUAAGAAGGCCCCCACCCCACCUCUUCUCCCCGACCUCUUCUUCAGGACUGUUACCACCACCAUUGAAAGUCCUUGGAAAAACCCCAACAAAUUGGCCCAAAGUAGUCUUCUGUUCUCCCUGGUGCUUAGCCUUCUUACUAGACAGAGUUUGCUCUUCCCCAUCUGCACUCUGUCAUUCAUCUACAGAAGCCCAGCAUUGAGGGCAGGGGCCAAGGAAGAUUGGAGGGAGGUAGACACUUUCUCCUUUAAUCAUGUCGCCUGGCUGUCCUAAGACUAGAAAGUAAUUGAAGUUGUCUGCCUCAGUGUCUUCCUUUCUUUUCUCCUUUUCCCUUACGCAUAGCUAGUUACUUUGCUGUUAUUAUCUAAAUGUACAGAGUAGGCUAUAUAGUUUUAUUCUUACGAAAGCCACUGUGAAUACUGCAGGCAAGUCCUAGUUACCAUCCUUUAUCACCAUUCAUUCAAAAAAUAUCUACUGAGCCCUGAGUAGGUGUCAGACAUUGUUUCAAACACCAUUCUCUCAGCCUGGUCUUCUCUUUACAUGGCCCCUCCCCCAUAAAAAGCUCAUAACAAUUGCCUAGAAUGUCAUAGGUCCUUUGAUUCAUCCUCUUUUAUUAACUUAAGGAAAAAUAAAGAAGGCUUUUCCCAGCCCCUCAAACUUUUGUUAUUUUUUACAGUGGAUUAAGGGGGGCUUGUUUUGAAGCUGCUCACCUAGUGCUAAUAGAGUCAGAAAACAUUUUUUUAAAGGAUUGAUCUUUACUCAUAUUUUAAAAACAGAUGCUACCAACUGUAAAAGAAAAAGGUACUUCUAAGUGGCUAAUGGCAUGGGGAGGGAAGAAGUAGAUGCCAUACAGUCUGGGCUAAUAGCCCCCUGCUUUCUAGCCAGUGAAAGUGAAAUCAAGAAAUGGGUUUAGAAAUGCAUAGAGAAUGGGUGGAAAUUAGGAUGCAAAGAGAUUUUUGUGGAAAGGAGUCUCUUUCAAGGGCUUGAUGGGUUUGCUGAUGAGAACUUUUACAACUGAAUUUGAUUUAGAAAUCAUAGACGUAUAUGUGCUCUACAAAGCUACACAGAACACCCAUUCUUUUAAUCGGAAUAGUAAAAAUCAUACGUUUUCACACUGUUUGGUAGCAACUCUGCCAGGCUAUGGAAGGAUGUUGGGUGUCAAUUCUCUUUUCACUCACAGCCCUUGGUGGGAGCUGGGGGUGUCUUCCCCACCCGCGCCUACCUCAGGCAUAGCGUGGCACAUUCUACCCCAUGGAUCAGUGCUCGGGCCCAAGCUCCUUCUCUUGGCUUUCACAGCAGGAGAGCCCGCUGCCUCCCCCUCUCUUAGGCUCUCCCUCUGGUGCUGGUGGAAGGGUAAGGGUGGGGGAGAGAGAGAAUCCCACCCAGGUUUGGACCCCUAAGCCCUGUGGUUGGGACACUGUGGGACUGGGGACAUCUGACUUCCUGGGCUUGGGUUCCUUGAGAGCCUCAUUUACUUCCUCACACCCUGUCCCCUUCACACCAGGGCUGUUUUUAUUGUUUUAUAACCUUCUUUAGAGUUUCAGUCGCCAAAGAUGCCGAUGGGGCUAUUCUCCACUUUCUCACUUUACCAAACCCCAAGUCUUGCUGUUUUAAGCAGUUUGGUCACUUGCAAAGGCUUCCCUUCCAGAUCUAAGCAAAUUAUAGAAACCCCUAGGCAUGUGGCUACCUUCAACUUUCGCUGAGCUCAUUCGCAACAAUACAGAGCCAAGUGUUAACUCCAGCUGCCCCCCCACCCCCAAGCCCACCCAGCAUCUCCCCAACCACCCUUUUCUUAUCGAAGCUAAAACAAAAUCUCAAAUAACUUCUGGUAUAAGCAAGUAAGAAGUGGCCUUUGGCUUUCCUCUUUAUUUACCACAUCCAAAGCUAAAAAAUGAUUGAAAUAAAGGAGUGGAUGGUACUCACAGCGGAUGCAGCCAAAGAAUCAUAAGACAUGCCCAUCAACCAGCCUUUUCCAAAUAGCACUAUCUCGCAGUUUCAAUAGACAUCCCUGAAAAGAUGCUAUUUGAAAAGCCUGGGGUAUUGAUAUGAAUAUGACUCCCCCCUUGCAUCCUAGAUAUUUGGAACUAUUUAAAUGUGAGGGAACAGUUGCAGUGAACCUUUAUUUAGUGAAUAAAAGUUUAAAGCGGAAGGUUAUUUAUGGUUCUGCCAGAGAUGGAACCUGAGUGGCUAUUUACGAACACGUGAUCCCAAUAAACUUUGUUUUAUGGCUUGAGAGUUGACAAGCCAAAAUAUAAUUCCCACCAUAAAUUAGGUUAAGAGCAUACAAGUGCAGAUGCUUGGUUCCUGAAGCAGCAAUAGAAAAGUGAGAGGCUCCAGCUAGCGCCGGGCGCAGGAGACAGGUCUGCUCCCAGCUCCCCUGCCCACUAGGAGAGAAAACGAGUAAGUCACUUAUUACUUUUUCCAGGACAACUCCAGGGGUGGGGGAUUUCUCUGCCCCAUCUUUUCCACCUGGUGUGGGGAGAAGUCCCCUGGAAGUUAAUUUUAAUUUUAGCUUAAACCUAGAUCAAGAAAUAGGAUGGAAAUCCUGGUUUUCUCCUCUCCCUUCUAGACAUAGAAAGUUAGGAAUUGAGGGCUCCCACCUCACAAGAGGGACAUUCUGUCUCUCUCCUCCUCAUAAUGGGGCAUCUGCUUCUGAAGUGGAAUCAAACGGGUAGUCUAGGUGGACAGAGAGAAAGGAUAAGGAUGGAGAUGGCUUUGCCUUUGUGAUUUCUCAAAGACUGCCAUCCCAGAAUAAAACUAGAGGAGACUGAAAACUUAAAGCUGGACACCAGCCCCUGUGAGGAUCACUGCUUUGUAAGAUUGCUUUGUGGGUCCUCCAGAAAAAAUGCUGACGAAAUGAUGUCAUAUCCAUAGAGCUGGAUAAGAGUCUAAAGCAUUGCCAUUUACCUUUAAACCCAUCGGUUUUCCUCUUCCUUGAUUAUCAUUUGGGUCCUCAUUUCCCUUGGAAAUUGCUCUUUGUUUUGAAUUAGAGCAGAAGUGGGAAGGCAAGUCCUAGCCUUGUCUGGUACUUCUUUGGGAAGGAAAAGACAGUUUUAGGGGAGCGCUGGUUGGAGCUGGGGAAUUUGAAACCAAUCUGAAAUUGGAAAAGGGGUCUGAGUUGCUCCUAGCGCGAGACAGACGGGGAGCUGGGGCAGGGGACAGAUGCAGCGGCUAACCCCCUCCCCAGUGGACCUGCGCCCACCCCGCCGAUUGUGCAGAAGAAAACACACAAAGGCCCGUUUUCUCCUCGCUUCCCGUUUUCCCACGGGGGAAACCCUGUUACAGACAGCCUGAGUCGGGCCAAGCAAAAAGUAAGGUUUUGCUCAAGGGGUGCAUAGAGUGGGGGAGGUGAUGGGGGCCAUACUCUCCUACCUCGUGGGUCUGCCCUUGAGCACUGCAGUCUCCCGCUCCGCGCGCGGAGAACUUGGCGCAGUUCCUGGGGGCGGGCAUCCGAAGCAGGAGGGAGGUCUGGGUAUUGGCGGGGUGUCUGGGCCUUGUCAUUUUUCUGUGUAUCAUCUAUCUUUAUUAUCCUGUGGAAUUUAAGUGACCCCCGUUUUCAUUGCAACAGGUUCGGGACCGUGAGAAACCGCCGCUGUAAGUACCUUCCCGUUUCUUCCGAAUCGAGAAGGGGCGGUAUUGAUAACUGGGGUGGUAGGGGCGAAGGGCCGCGCCAGAGGAGUGGGCGGGUGGAAGAGCAGUCCUGCCUCCCCAGGCCUGACUGUGAGAGGGGAGCUCGAGCUGGAGGUGGAGGAUCUAAGUUGGACUCUUGGAAAAAUUUUCUGGGGCCUGGUUUACAGUCACCUAAAGUAAGGGAACGGGCCGCGGCCUCUCGCCCUUGUCUCCUUGGACCUCCCUGGACUUUCCCGGCCUUCCCAGACCUCCCCAGCUCGCACAGGUGCAGCUCCGCCGCAGCGAACGCGUCUGUGAAGAGCUUGCAGCUAAUUAGCAGCCCGCCCUAUUAACAAGUCGCGGCGAGCAUCGCUUUCUGCUCGAAUCAACCUGCUGAACACCCAGGCAGCGCGAUCCCCCUUUGCCGCCCAACCCAGCUCAACCCGGUUGAGCCUGGCCCAACCUUCUCUAGUUUUUUGUAAAAAGAAAACAAACAAACAAAAAACCCGCAACCCUCUGUGGCUGCGGGUGUGUGGGGUUGGCCGGCUUCCGGGAAGGGCUGCGAAUUCUGAGCUUUACGUGGAAGUCCCUCCUCCCCCCUCCCUAGGCCCCAGCCCCAGCCGCGGCGGUUUAGGCCCUGGGUUGGGGAACUGCGGCCGAGCGAGGAGGGAGGGAUACGGCCCUUCUAGUUCACCUCUGCUUCUCUAUAACUGCAAUUUGAGAAUUUCUGCGCCUGAGCCGCUAGCGUUGCAGGCAGACGUGGCGGGGGCGGGGGGUGCGGGGGCGGGCAGAGAUUCCUGGGGUCUUGGGCGUGGAAGUUUGGAUCUUUCUGAGUUGCAUAUGCCGCAGAAGACAGGUACAUUUCUGAGGAGGCCUGUGAAAUCUCCAGGAAGGCUCUCUCAUUAAGAUGAUGGUAGUGGGGAGAGAAUCAAGGAAAGACCAGGGGCCCCUCCCUCAUGCAAAACGGAGCUGAUUUUAUUUUCAUAGGAGAUGGAAUGUGCAAAGAUGUUAGGAACCAGGCACCCUCCCUCCCUGUGCGCCGGCCCCAGCCCAGGGCAGCUCGGUGCCUGCAAGCGGCGCCUGCCUCGGGGUCUGCAGCAGCAGCCGGACGGAGAGGCCAGCCGGGCUCAGGGCCCUGGAAGGUAAAUGCGCGACUUCUUGGAGAACUAGCUUUGUCAGCCAACCUGGCUUGCCCUGACAGUGGGCAGAAGAAUGAGCAGAGGAUAUUCCCUCUUGCCUCUUUUUCUUCUGCCAUUGAGGGCAUUUGCUCCUUUCUGGAAAAUACCACUUGCUAAGGGAGUGGGGGUUAUGUGGAUCCGGAGAGGGGGGUAAUAAAGCCGCCAUUUCUGGGAUGGAUUAUUUUUCUUCUUUUCUUUCUUUCUUAAGAAGACUGUCCUGACUCCUUGGCUGCUUGGUAACCCCGGCCCUGGUACAAGGAUGGGGAACUCGUUGCUGCAAAUUGCCACCAGGCGCUUCAGGCUACCUGAACCAUCUCUGAAAGGCAGGGUGGCCGCGUUGGGCUGGUGGCGGCUCCGAGGAAGAGGCGGGGGCUGGCAACGGUCUGGGUACUCGCUCUGGGUGGAACCCGGAGGUAGUAACGUUGUCUAUAUAUACCCUGUAGAACCGAAUUUGUGUGGUAUCCACGUAGUCACAGAUUCGAUUCUAGGGGAAUAUAUGGUCGAUGCAAAAACUUCACAUUUCUCCGCAAUAGCCAGAAUUAGAACUGGAGGCCAGAGGCAGCCGGCAGGUCAGUCGCCUCUUUCUGUUUUAUUACCUUGGACUCCAGGUGGAUCGUCUGAGCCUGGUGACAUAGAGCAGCCUUUUCCUGGAGAAGCUCCUCACCUUUAAACAGGGCCCCCUGUGUAAAACCCUAAUUGGUUGCGUGAAUGCAGGGCCAGAGGGUUAGGUUUGGGGGCACUGGGGAGCAAGGUGGGAGUCCAGGUCACCCCAGCCCCAGGUCUGCCCUCCAGGGGCAUAAAGUUGGAGGGUGCUCAAUGAAGGGCCUCAUUGGCCGUUACUGCCAUGUGAGAAGAAGGUGAGCUGGGCAGAAGGAGUUUAGGGUCCUUUGGGGUCCAUUUGGGUGAGCUGGGGGUGCCCUCACCACCUUCCUGGGCUACCCUUCAGCUGCCCUGGCUAGAGCAGCACGGGGGCUUCUUGCCAUACCAGCAAGGGCCAAGAUUUGGCUGGAAACACCCCGGCCUCGAAGAAAGCUUGGCAGUUACUCAUUGCCUAAUUUGAUUCAGGCCAGCCAGAUUGUAGUAACUUUUGGGUGACCCUGAUGAAGACAAAGCCGGGAUUCGGCCUUUGUAUGGCAGAGUCCCCGCUCCGCAGGCUGGGCGGGCGGGAGUCCUGCCUGCCUGGGGUUCUCUGCCCAACUCAGAAGCCACCUCUUCCGCCCACUUUUUGAUGCCAUGCACCCUGACAGAUAUGAGGAUUCAUUCCCGCUUGAACUGUGCCCAUUUUGGGGGGCUGAUUACAGGCGGGGUGAGUGGCGGGGGCACUGGAGGUUAGCAAAGUCAGUGGCAGACAAAAGCUGGGGUUACCUGUGGGGAAUGAGGAUGCUGGGAUUAGAACUACUUUAACAUCUGGCGGGGGCCCUCAAAUGUGCCACGGCAAGUCACUUGAUUACACGUAUGUUAUUUAGUUAAAUUUGUGAAAAUUAUGAGAUGCUCACCAACCCGGUGAUAAACUCACUCCCUCGCUAUUGGCUGGUCUGGUCACAUGGCCGCCAACUUUAUUCAGUUGACAGCAAGUAGGAGGGCCCUAUGGAAGGAGAAAAAAAGACAACACGAGAAAAAUUAGUAUUUUCUACCUUCUGAAAUUAAUGGCCAUGAGUUCGUAUAUGGUGAACUCCAAGUAUGUGGACCCCAAGUUUCCUCCGUGCGAGGAAUAUUUGCAGGGUGGCUACCUAGGCGAGCAGGGCGCUGACUACUACGGCGGCGGCGCGCAGGGGGCCGACUUCCAGCCCCCGGGGCUCUACCCACGGCCCGACUUCGGUGAGCAGACCUUCGGAGGCGGCGGCCCCGGGCCUGGCUCGGCACUGCCCACGCGGGGUCACGGGCAAGAACCCGGCGGCCCCAGCGGCCACUAUGGUGCCCCGGGAGAGCCGUGCCCCGCGCCCCCGCCCCUGCCCGGCUCCCGGGCCUGCAGCCAGCCGGGCGGCCCCAAGCAGCCGCCCCCUGGGACGGCCCUCAAGCAGCCGGCCGUGGUCUACCCGUGGAUGAAGAAGGUGCACGUGAAUUCCGUGAACCCCAACUACACCGGCGGGGAGCCCAAGAGGUCCCGGACGGCCUACACCCGGCAGCAAGUCCUAGAACUGGAAAAGGAAUUUCAUUUUAACAGGUAUCUGACGCGGCGCCGUCGGAUUGAAAUCGCUCACACCCUGUGUCUUUCCGAGCGCCAGAUCAAGAUCUGGUUCCAGAACCGGAGGAUGAAGUGGAAAAAAGAUCACAAGCUGCCCAACACGAAAGGCAGGUCCUCGUCAUCGUCGUCUUCAUCCUCCUCCUCCUCUUGCUCCUCCUCAGCUGCCCCCGGCCAGCAUUUGCAGCCGCUGGCCAAGGACCACCACACGGACCUGACGACCUUAUAGAAGUGGGGACCCUGGGCCCAUCCCUCCCUGAGCUCCCGGCUGAGCCGAAGCUGUGGGGGCAGGCCGGGCCUGCUGUCACCUCCCUGGGCUCUAAGGUACUGUAGGGUGGACCUGGGACAGGCAGGCCUAACCUCGGACUAGGUUAGCACCCUGCCCGAGGGUAGCCCCCUCCCUGGAGCGGGGAUGGGGGUCGGGGGGGGGUGGGAUUCUCUCUCUAAGUAUAUUAUCAAAUGGCAGGAGCUACUGGGAACAUAAAACCUUGGCGAGUCAUUAAACUCCUGAAAAUCUCCGCUGUUGGAUUUUGAAUUUGCAAAUGAAGGUUGGAUGCUUUAUCCCAGUGUGAAUUUGAACAUCCUCCCCGCCCCCCCAACCCCUCCAGGGAUCUUUGUGGUUUCAUAAUGUGGGCGUGUUGAAUCAGAAGGCUGGCCACCCUUGCGCUAGGUGCUUUCAGUGGAAGCAGGAGGGCUGGGCCAGGAUUUCUGAACUUUCUGGGUUGUCUGUAUAAUUUCCAGUGUGAAAAAAAAUUUUUUUUGCUCCCAGUGGCCCCAUGCCCAAAGAAAUGAGUCUAAGAAGGAAGUGCAAACGGGUUGUUGUAUGUUUAGAUUAUAUUUGCUUAAGUAUUUAUUUGUUGGGGAAUUGGGGUGCAGAAAUAACUGACAUCUUAUUGCCAAAAAACUUACCAUGGUGAAAGGGGCUGGGUUUCAGGGAGCAGAAUCAAGAGAUGCGUGGACUUACUUCUGGCUGUAACCGGCAUUUUGAACUCCACCCCCUCCCCACUCCCCGGAAAUGUGUGUAGGGGGCCCUUAACCCUUCUAGAGGGAAGCAAAGGAUCCACUCAAAGUUGAGUUCCUGAAAAUAUAUUUCCACAUGUGCUUUUCUCAGCACUGUACUUACAACCAGUUCUGGGUGAUUAAAGGAAAGGGAAAAAAGAAAGAAACAAAUGGUCCAACAUUUUCCUUCUGGGGAAAGAAAACAAAACCUCUGUGUUCUGGGUCAUUAGAUAAUGACUGAAUUUUCUGUUCCAACUGGAUUCCAAAUGUCCCCAAAUACCCCAUAUAGCAGUAUUUUAUAAGCAUUGGUGUAUGGCCUGCCUAUAUGAAAGAGGGAAUGUGCAUUGGGGAGAAAGUGGGAAGGUGAGGAAGUCUUGCUGUAAAAAAUGAAAGAAAAA